AUGGACAGGAGGCACAAAUAUUUUCUCUAUGACAAAUGCCUGAAGAUGUUGUUCCUUCUGAUUCUCUGGGUGCAGAAAGCAGUUACUCUGAGCUGCCCUGCGAGCGAUGCUUUCCCUGUUCCCCAUGAGUGGUACCAGCCUGGUGACCUCAUCGUAGGUGGGAUGGUGUCUCAGAUAAUUCGCCACUUUUUUGAAAUUGAAUUUAAGGAACAUCCUUCUCUAAAACCUUAUGAUUUACCACUUGUAAUAACCAAAUUCUACCAGCACGUCCUCGCCUUGGCCUUUGCUGUGAAGGAGAUCAAUGAGGACUCCCAGAUCUUACCUAAUAUCACUCUCGGGUUCCAUAUCUAUGACAGUUACAAUAACCCAAGGAUGACCUAUCGUACCACUCUAGACCUGCUUUUCAAAUCCCAGGAAUUUGUCCCCAACUACAAAUGUGAUAGCCAGAAGAAUCUCAUGGCCAUCAUUGGAGGGUUAGGUCCUGAUACAUCAUCCUUUAUGGCAGAAAGUAUAAAUGUCUACAAAAUUCCACAGUUGACUUAUGGUUCCUUUGCCCAAGAAGACUUUCAUAUUACUGAGUUAUUUCCACUUUAUUGUAUGGUCCCCAAAGAGGAGCAUCAGUACACUGGACUUAUACAACUUCUUCUCCAUUUUGGAUGGACGUGGAUUGGACUCUUUGCUUUUGAAAAUAAGGAAGAGUGUUUUUUGCAAAAACUGCAGCCGUUGCUUUCACAGAAUGGGGUCUGUUUAGCUUUUACGCAAAACAUUCCACAACACCUCCACUUAGAAGAUUUGUCAGAAUUGUUUGAUUCAAUCUCAAUUAUUUCUAAUAAAUUAAUGGAUCAAAAAGCAAAUGUUUUUCUUGUCCACGGAGAAUCCAUCAUAAUCGUGUGGCUGAGAACUGUCAUGUUUCUACGGGAUCCUGAAAAUAAAGAGAGUACGUUAUUUAGAAAGGUUUGGAUCCUGAUGAAUUCAAUUGAUUUCAUUCUGACGGGAAUUCAAAGGAGUUGGGAUUUCCAGUUGUUCCACGGGGCUCUUUCCUUUACUGUUUAUUCCAGGGAUGUUUAUGGGUUCAAAGAAUUUCUUCAAGUCAUCAAACCUUCAACCCACAAAGAUGGAUUUCUUCAAGAGGUUUGGGAGCAAUUGUUCGAUUGUUCAUUUUCAAAGGCAGAAUUAUAUUUAUCUACGAUUAGUGAAACCUGUACUGGAGAAGAGAAGUUGGAGACUCUACCUGGUCCUCUGUUUGAAUUUCAGAUGACUGGCCAAAGCUAUAGUAUCUACAAUGCUGUUUAUGCAGUGGCACAUUCUUUGCAUCAGGCACUCCAUUCAUUUCUUCAAGGCAUUUCUUUUAACAAUUCAGCCGGGGAGAGAAUAUUCCUGAAUGAGAAAGGGGAAGCAACAGGUGGAUUCGACAUCACCAACUUGAUCACUUUUCCAAAUAGAUCCUUUCAGAGAGUAAGAGUUGGAAAAAUGGAUCCUCAUAUUCCCAAAGGGAAGAAAUUAUUCAUUAAUGAAGAGGUGAUUGUCUGGCACUCAGGUUUUAACCAGGUUGUUCCAUUUUCUCAGUGUAGUGACCAUUGCUACCCUGGAUACUGGAAGAAAAGUUUGGAAGGAAAACAAUUCUGUUGCUACAACUGUGUUCCUUGUCCAGAAGGGAAGAUUUCAAAUGAAAAGGAUAUGGAUGACUGUUUUCAAUGUUCAGAAGAUCAAUAUCCAAAUGAAGAAAAGAAUGGCUGUAUACUGAAACUGCUGGUCUUUCUAACUUUUGAAGAAACCUUAGGAAUUGCCUUAUCCUCAGCAGUUCUUUGUUUCUUCUUCUUGACCUCUUGGGUACUUGGAACUUUUAUUAAGCACAGGGAUACUCCCAUUGUGAGAGCCAACAACCAGUCCCUCACCUACACCCUGCUUGUCGCACUUCAGCUCUGUUUCCUCUCCUCUUUGCUCUUCCUAAGUCAACCUGGCAAAGUGACCUGCCUUCUCAGGCAACCAACUUUCGGCAUCACCUUCUCAGUGGCCAUUUCUUGUGUACUGGCUAAAACCAUCACUGUGGUUGUGGCCUUCAUGGCCACUAAACCAGGAUCUCACCUGAGGAAAUGGGUGGGGAAGAGAUUGGCCUUUUCUAUUGUCCUCUCAUGCUCUCUCUUGCAAGUAUUUCUUUGUAUUCUUUGGUUGUUGACAUCUCUCCCAUUUCCUGAGUUGGACAUGCACUCAGAGCUCCAAGAAAAGAUUUUACAAUGCAAUGAGGGGUCAGAUUUCUUUUUCUACUGUGUCUUGGGCUACAUGGGUAUCUUGGCCAUUGCCAGCUUCAUUGUGGCUUUCCUUGCUCGUAAAUUACCUGACAGCUUUAAUGAAGCCAAGUUCAUCACCUUCAGUAUGUUGGCCUUCUGCAGUGUGUGGUUCUCCUUCUUUCCAGCCUAUCUGAGCACAAAAGGAAAAGCCAUGGUAGCUGUGGAGGUCUUCUCCAUCCUGUCCUCCAGUGCUGCAUUACUGGGAUGCAUAUUCCUCCCAAAAUGCUACAUCAUUGUUUUUCGGCCUGACCUUAACCACAGGGAGCAACUCAUAAAGAGAAAUUAA